GGAAAAGUGAAAUUUACCCAAAUUUUUAUUUAUAUUUUUUUUGGGCCCAUUGUUAAGUCAAUGAUCUUUUGAUAUUGGAAAUUAACAUGUCAGUCCAAUCCACAUUUCCAAGUCAAUUCUUUAACUUCCCCAAUUGUAAACUACUUCCCCUUUCUUCCUUCACCUUCUUCAUUCUCUACUAUAUUAUAAGCAACAAACUUCACUAAACAUGUAAGUAAACAAACUCAUACUUCAAAUUUUUUGAGCUUCACCUUGUUUUUAAACAAUCAGAAAAUGGCGAUAGACGGGCUCCUAAUUCGACCGACCACACCCCGUAAAUCCACAAAUCAUCACUUCUCUCCUACAAAGUUUCCACAAACAACAUUCUCCGAAUCAAUGAUGCAAGAGAACAUCGAAAACGCAGAAACCCUCAUCACCAAAUGGGAUCCAAACAGCCCUUCCUUUGAUAAGAAAUUCACCUCACUCUUCCACGAAAAUCGAAACGAGGCGAACGAAUUCACCAAAUCCGUAGGGGAGCUUCGGAGGGCAAUGCAUUUCUUGGUCGCCCAACGCUCCGAUUCCAAUAACCGUAAGCUCGUCCUCGCAAACAAGUUGAUGAAAAUUGCCAUGCUUAGGCUCGAGAAGGAAUUCUACUACAUCCUAUCGAUCAACAGGGAUUGCUUGAAUCCCGAAUCGGUUUCGAACAGAUCUUCAUUGUUUCUUUCACGAUCGUUGUCUUUAAGUAAUUCAGACGAUGAGAUUCAAGAAUUAGACCGUGUUGAGUCGAAAGCUGAAAGAGCUAUGGCGGAUUUAAAGGCGAUUUCAGAAACUAUGAUUAGCUCUGGAUAUAGCAAAGAGUGUAGCAAAAUAUACAGACUCACAAGAAAGUCGAUAACCGAUGAAGAACUGUACCGACUCGGGAUCGGAAGCUACAGCCAAUCACAAAUCAACAGGAUGGAUCAAAGGGCUCUCGAGCACCAAGUUGACAGGUGGAUUGAUAGAGCAAAGGUUGUGGUGAGGACGCUUUUCCGCGGGGAGAGGCUGUUGUGCGAUCACGUGUUUGCCGUCUCUGAGACAAUUAAACAAACAUGUUGCGCGCAUACCACAAUGGAAGGUGCGAUGAACCUGUUCAAAUUCCCUGAAUUCGUGGCUAAGAGCAAACGAUCGCCGGAGAAGAUUCUGGUUAUGAUGAAUCUUUUCGAAACAAUCUCGGAUAUGUGGCCGGAAAUCGAGUCCAUCUUCUCGUACGAGUCUCUCUCCCCUGUGAAGCUACAAGCUCUUUCCGCGAUGCACAAGCUCGGCGACUCUGCUCAAACGAUUAUUUCGGAGUUCGUCUUGUCGGUGCAGAAAAACUCGUCGAAAACGGUGGUCUCGGGCGGUGGGGUCCACCCGCUGACGUGUUCGGUGAUGAGUUACGUUGCUCUACUGGCGGAGAACAGCGGAGUGCUCUCAGAUAUUCUAAACUCCGACGAAGAAGGGGAGAGGGCGGCGCAGUCGCCUUUUCCGGAGUCGUACUUCGACGGCAGCCCGACGGCUCCGGCCACCGGAGUAUCGAGCCGGCUGGCGUGGAUCGUACUCGUGCUUCUCUGCAAGCUCGACAGCAAAGCUGAGCUGUACAAGGACAUCGCGCUGUCGUAUCUGUUUCUGGCGAACAACAUCCAAUUCGUGGUGGAGAGAGUGAGCACCACGGCGGUGAAGCUCCUGCUAGGGGAGGAGUGGCUGUCGAAACUGCGGAAGAAGGUGAAGCUGUACGCGGCGAACUACGAGGCGGUGGCGUGGGGGAAAGUGGUGUCGUCUCUGCCGCCGCCGCCGGCAGCGGAGGAGAACGAAGAAGAAUCAUCGGCGGCGGCGGCGCGAAAUGCAACAAUCAAAGGACAUUUCAGGAGAUUCAACUCGGAGUUUGAGGCGGCGUACAGGAAGCAGAGGGCGUGGGUUGUUGCAGAUCCGAAACUCGCGGAGGAGAUAAAAGUGUGGAUAGAGAGAAAAGUGGUGGCGGCGUAUCGGGAAUUCUACGAUAACAAUUUGGGGAUACUGAGUGGGGAGAUGGAUCUAGAAUUUCUGGUGAGAUAUUCGCCGGAUAAUUUGGGGAAUUACUUGUCGGGAUUGUUCCAUAACCAUACGCCUGCUCUGGUUUCCGGCAACUCUUCUUCUUCCUCCUUUGAUUAUUCUUCUCAGUCCAGAUUGUACCGAUGUCUUUGAUCAUCAUCAUCAUCCCACGGCGGCGCCGUACUACAAAUCAAAUCAACCGCUCCUUUCUUCAGAAUUUGCUAUAUUUAAUAAUUUGGCCAAAUCUCAUUAAUGGUCCCUCAUCUUCAUUUUUAGUCUCACUUUAACCCCUCAUGUUUCAAUUGUC